CUAAAAGGUUCCGUGUGUUUCCCCCAGCAUGUUCAAAGGUUUAGGGACGUGGCUGGGUUUGGAGAACCCGACGGUCACGAAGACGUCGGACGAUAAAGAGAAUCUGAGCGUGGAGCAGGAAGAGAAGGUGGUGGAAGCACAAAACGAGGUAAACAAACAGCAGCCAGCUGACCAGGACGGAGCACCAGAGGCGGAGCAGCAAAACUCCGAGCAGAGCAAAGGAUUGGGCGGUUACAUCUUCAGUUUUGCCUCCAGUGCCACCAAGAAGCUCUCCGAGUCAAUGGUGGAGACCGCUCAGACCAUCAAGAAGACCGUGGAAGAAGGAAACAUCGACGGUAUCAUAGACAAGACAUUUUUAGGAGACUUCCAAAAAGAGCAAGAGAAAUUCGUCCAGGAGAAGAAGGCCAAAAAAUCAGAAGCAGCAGUGCCUCCCUGGGUCGGCUACAACGAGGAGGAGACGAUCCAGCAGCAGAUCCUUGCUCUGUCCGCUGACAAGAGGAACUUCUUGCGGGACCCUCCUGCUGGUGUUCAGUUCCACUUCGACAUGGAGCAGAUGUAUCCUCUAGCUGCAGUGAUGCUGGAGGAAGACCAGCUCCUCAACCGCAUGCGUUUUGACCUGGUUCCUAAACAAGUGAAGGAGGAGGUGUUUUGGAGGAACUAUUUCUACCGGGUGUCUCUGAUCAAGCAGUCAGCUCAGCUCACAGCUCUGGCAGCCCAGCAGCAGCAGAAGGACAGCGGGGACAAAGGAACCAGUGUUGCACCUGAAAACAUCGUCCUAACAGACAGUGUCAGACCAAAAACUCCACCUGUGUCCAUCAGUGACAAACGGAAGCCGCCUCAGGAAGAAGAGGAGGAGAUUUCAACAAGUCCCGGAGUCUCCGAGUUCGUUAGUGAUGCUUUUGACUCGACAGCCAUCAACCAGGAGGACCUGAGGAAAGAGAUGGAGCAGCUGGUGCUGGACAAGAAGGAGAGUCUUCCUUCUCCUGAUGACGAGUCAGCAGAUUGGGAAAAGGAGCUGCAGCAAGAACUUCAGGAGUAUGAGGUGGUGACUGAGUCGGACAACAGAGACGACCAGUGGGAUCAAGAGAUUGAGAAGAUGCUCCAGUCUGACAACAGCUAGAAGCCUACACUGUGUGAUGCCUUCACAGUCAGUUAUCUGGGCUGGAGUUAAUGAAUCAUGGCGUGUGAUGCACGAGAGGAGGAACUGUACACAACUGUGAUUUCUAUCUCGUCUCUGAUGAAGUUGCAUAGAUCUAAUUAUAGCAAGAGUGUGUCACCUCUGCUGGAGGCAGCAGCCCUUUUCUGGCAUAUUAGUGAGUUAAUUGCUCCCUCCUAAAUUAGUUUUGACUACUUGUUUCUCCUAAUCAUCUGUCUUUUUGAUGAGAAAUGUUACUAGAUGGGACUCCAGCACAAAUACAAAGAAUAUCUUAAUGAAGGGGGAGGGGUGUGUGUGUGUGUGUCUUUAUUCAUUUUUUUUGUUUUUGUUUUCUUUUGGUUUUUUUAUAUUUCGGUUUCCACUGCUGCUUCCUGGUGGGCUGUACAGCCGAGCCUUGCUAUAGUCAUAAUACAGAAAAGUAAAAUGUAAAGUAACAUGUCUGUAAAUAAAGAAGAUUGUAACACUAAUUCCA